UGUUCACUCUCCUCACCCCACAUAGGGUUCCAUAAAAAUAAAUUGAAAAUGCUCCACACAUUUAAACUUGAAUACUAACCUUCAGGAAUUAGUAACAGCUUGUGUCUCAUCUCCUAGGAAAACCUGUUUUUUGUUAUGGAGUAUGUUAAUGGGGGUGACCUGAUGUUUCAUAUCCAGCUGUGCCACAAGUUUGACAUCGGGAGAGCAAGGUUCUAUGCUGCUGAAAUUAUUUGUGGCUUGCAGUUCCUUCAUUCGAAAGGAAUCAUCUACAGAGACCUCAAGCUUGACAACGUUCUUCUUGACAAGGAAGGACACAUCAAGAUUGCAGAUUUUGGCAUGUGCAAGGAGGCCAUGUUCGGGGACGCCAAGACGAGCACGUUCUGUGGGACCCCUGAUUAUAUUGCACCGGAGAUUCUGCUGGGACAAAAAUACAGCAUGUCGGUCGACUGGUGGUCCUUCGGCGUCCUUCUGUACGAGAUGUUGAUUGGCCAGUCUCCAUUCCACGGUCAGGAUGAAGAGGAGCUCUUCCAGUCCAUCCGCAUGGACAGCCCAUUCUACCCCCGCUGGUUAGACAGAGAUGCAAGAGACCUUCUGGUGAAGCUUUUUGUGAGGGAACCCGAGAGGAGGCUGGGAGUCAAAGGGAAUAUCCGUCAACAUGCCUUUUUCCAAGAAAUCCAGUGGGAGGCACUGGAAGAGCGAGCCGUCGAACCUCCUUUCAAGCCGAAAGUGAAAUCCCCAGGUGACUGCAGCAAUUUUGACAAGGAAUUUCUGAAAGAGAAGCCGUGGCUCUCGUUGGGAGACAGAACUCUCAUCAACAGCAUGGACCAAAACAUGUUCAGCAACUUUUCCUUUACCAACCCCAUGAUGGACAAGUUGCUGUCCUGAGAAACAAGCCAGGGACGGGAAGAUGCUGAGAAGGGCUACAGGAGAUCCGCCUCCGGUCUUUGAAUCAAUGGAAGUGACCUGUAUUUUCUGCUGGAGGCAGUGGCUUCUCACAUCCACAGCUCUGUGCUUCCGGGAGGAGGUCCCCCUCCGAUCUCCAGGGUGCUGUUUCCCACCUGGUAGAAGAACCUCAUGUGACAUAAGAGGCAUCCAGAGACGCUUUCCCGUUUCAACAGACUUUCGUUCAAAGAUUUUGCACAGACCCUGAGGUUUGCAUUGCUGGCCAUCUUUGGGAGCCCCUCAGAGGAGCUGGCAUUCCCCCUUCUGGCCCUUCUCCUUCUUCUUUUGGCUGCUGGUGACUAUUUACCUCCCCUCCCUGAAUGAGAAAGCCAUUCUCACAAACAGGAGCACCUUAUACCCACUAGGAUCCCACCAAGCCUUCCUCCCUCCGCAGAUGUUGAAAAACAUGUGUUAUAGUGGAUGCCAUUUUAAUAGUGAACGCUGUACAUAGCAUAGUAUUUGGCUCCCUCUCGUGACCAGUUCAGGUACUGACAUCAUGGAAAUACAGUACGGCUCCAUAUCCAUUGAAUCAGUAUCCUCAGUUUCACUUAUCCACAAUCUGAAUAUUAGAAGGAGAAAAAUCCAGGGUGAAAAAAACUAUUUACACAUGUAUUACCAGGACUGGCCACGAGAUGGAACCAGAGACAGUGCUAUGAAUACUUCUUAGUGAAGAAUAUAUAGCAUGGCCUCUGGCGCCCUCUAGUGGCUACUUCUUAUAAUGCAUAUGGGGAAAAAUCAGUUUUUUUCCUUUUACCAUGCU